AUGGAAUACGAAACAGUAAUCGGGCUGGAAGUACACGUACAACUCCAGACCCAAAGCAAAAUGUUCUGUUCGUGCCGCGCCGACUACCAGACCGCGCCGGCCAACCAAAGGGUCUGCCCCGUGUGCCUCGGGCUCCCGGCACCUGCCGGUGGUCAACCGGAAGGCGGUCGAAUACACCAUCAUGACCGGCCUGGCACUGGGUUGCCGCAUUCCGGAAUACACGAAGUUCGACCGGAAGAACUACCCCUACCCGGACCUGAUGAAAGGCUACCAGAUUUCCCAGUACGACCUUCCCCUGGCGCUGGACGGACACCUGGAAUUCGAGACCGGCGGCCAAGCCUACAACGUCGGCAUCGAACGGGUGCACCUGGAAGAGGACGUGGCCAAGUUGCAUCACCACCCAUCGGCGGACGGCCAGGGCUACAGCUUGGUGGACGUAAACCGGUCCGGCGUCCCGCUGAUGGAAGUGGUCAGCAAGCCGGACAUGCGCUCGGCGGAAGAAGCCAGGGAGUACCUGACCACCCUGCACUCCAUUCUCCAGUACCUCGAUGUGUCAACUGCCAACCUCCAGGACGGAAGCUUCCGCUGCGACGCCAACAUAAGCCUGCGCCCCAAGGGCCGCGAACGGCUGGGGUCCAAGGCCGAAGUCAAGAACAUGAACAGCUUCCGCUCGGUCUUUUUGGCGCUGAAAUACGAGAGAAGAACGCCAGCGCAAAAUAUUGGACCGGGGGAGAAAGGGUGGCCCAGGAGACCCGCGGGUGGGUGGAAGAACGCAACGCAACGGUUUCGCAGAGGAGCAAAGAGCAAGCCCACGAUUACCGGUACUUCCCCGAACCGGACCUUCCUCCCUUGACCAUCGACCGGGAAUGGGUAGAGGAAAUCCAGGGAAGGCUGCCCGAGCUUGCCACCCAACGGCGCGCCCGUUUUGUGGAGCAAUAUCGCAUUCCCGAAAAAGACGCCGGUCUACUCACUAACUCCAAGGACAUGGCCGACUUCUACGAAUCCGCGGUGGCGGCCGGUCUCAGGCGGAACGGCGACGAUGAAGGCUUGGCCAAAAGCGUCAGCAACUGGGUGUUUGGAGACCUCAGCCGGUUGUUGAACCUGGAAAACACCGGCAUUGGGGAAUCCAAAGUCACUCCGGAUUACCUGGCGGAACUCGUUGAUCUGGUUGACCGAGGGGAAAUCAAUACCAACACCGCCAAAGACGUGCUGGAGCAGGUAUUCCAGGAUGGCAAAUCGCCUGCCGAGGUAGUCGCAGAGAAAGGAUACUCCCAAAUCGACGAUUCCUCAGUGGUGGAAGAGGCGGUGGCUGCGGCCAUAGAAGCCAAUCCCAAGGCUCUUGAGGACUACCGCAGCGGCAAGAGCGCCGCGGCCAAAUUCCUGGUAGGCCAGGUGAUGAAGAACACCAAAGGUCAGGCUAAGCCCGACCUGGUAAAUCAGCUAGUUGAAGCGAGCCUCAAGGCGGCGAGUUAA